AUUGUCUGUUACACACAUAUCUCAAGCUUGCACUGCUCGUGGCGUCUUUAUUUGUUAUUUGUAACUAACUGCUAAAUUAAUUUCUACAUUCAAACUAUGUUUAGUCUUAAAAUAUUCUGAAAUAAGUGCUGUUAAGUUUACGUCACUGAGUAUGUCGAAUACCUUUCAAAGACAAAUUGUCACCAUAAUGGAAGAAAUGGCCACAUCAGUCCUUACAGAAAUGAGUAAAGGUGUCGAGGGCUCAGCCACUUUGUGUAUUGAAAUGUCCGGCUCUCAUGAGAAUAAAGGGUCUAAAGUUAUAUUCCCGGUGGUGCAAAGCGAAACGAGGAUGGCACAACUUGCAUCUGUUAUAGAGCUACUAGCUCAGGAGGCGGUCAAUAAAAUCUGUGACCUUGCUCUUGAGGAUUCAGCAGUUUUGCGUCUGGAAGUGACUCGGAGUCAGAAAGAGAUUGGAGCUCUCAAGAGGAAACUGGAGCUGAUGGAGAAGGAAUUGAGGACUUUGCAGGGAGGUGCAGCAGGAGAGAGAUCCUUAAAAGCCCAUUCUGUUGGAGUGCAGGAUGCCUGCGAAUUAAGAGCAACAGAAAUUGAGCUGCCACAUUCUGCCGUCGUCCAUUUGUGUGGUGAUGCAGUCCCCACAGUUGUGGGAGAGGACAUUGCUCCAUUGCAGCAUGUCAGCAUGAUGACAGAGCCACCAGAUGUGGAGGAUGGGAUUGAGUCAAUAAUUAUUAAGGAGGAACGGCUUGAAGAGGAUUUGGAGAGCCGUCAUCUGGAGGGGAGGCUGGACAUCAGUAAAGAGGGGGAGGAAAAUGAAUUCCCUGCUCUUAUAAGGAUAUAUAAGACAGAGGACAGACUGCAGCUUAGUAAACAGGGGAUACCUGCUGUUGCACAUCAGAACUGUGUAGAGGCAAAAGGACAACCUAUGCCAGGCGGGCCAGAUAAGAAUUGGAAUCUACUCAGUGGGAUGGAUGGAAUAACAGAGCAGCUAAUCUUAUGGAGAGGCGCUAACGAGAGCCUCUUCACGGGCAAGCGAAACGCUGCAGUGAAGGGGUUUGAGAUAUUUAUCAAAGAGAUGGGGCUGGAGGGGAAGGUGACAGUGGCGUUUAUGAAGAAAAAGUGGGAGAACCUUAAACAGAAAUACAAGGAGUUAAAGAGUCUACCCAUUGGGAGGAGCACAGAGGGAGGGGAGAUGACCGCUGCCACCUGGAAGUGGUAUGGGGCCAUGAACAAGGUGUUGGGUUCCGGGCACAGCAUCACCCCUCUGGCUGUUGGCUCUCCGUCUGCUCCAGUUGGCACAGUCGUCCCCUUUCCCUCUGAGGAGAGAGCUGCCGGCUCCUGUUUCAGCCCCACCACCGCCUCCACCUCCAGCUCUACUGUUCCUGAGGCUCCAUCCUCCAGCCCACCCCUCAAGAGGGCCAAAAAGGAGCCUGAAUGGCUCCUGGCCAUCAAAGAGCUGGAGAGAAGGGAGGAGGCCAGGGACGUCAGGGAGGCAGAGUGGGAGAGGGUGAUGAUGGAGAGGGAAGAGAGGAGGGAGCGGGAGAUGAUGGAGAGAGAGGAGAGGAGGGAGCGGGAGAUGAUGGAGAGAGAGGAGAGGAGGGACCGGGAGAUGAGGGGGAGAGAGGAGCGUCUCGUUAGAGAAAGUAGGGACCGCGAAAACAGACGGACAAGGGAGGCAGCUGCCCGAGAGGCACGCUUUUUGCACGUGAUGGAUUUUUUACUUAAGAAGUGAGUUCUUGUUUGUUCAGUCAGUUUAGUUGUAUGUACAUAAUUUCACACGUUUUGUAUUUAUUUAUUUUUUUAUCCACUUUUCCAGCUGCAUGCUAAGGACUAUGUUCUGUUAACCUUUCCUGUUAUUUUAAUAAAUCACUUCUGCAGUAUUUUUUAAAUUUUUAA